AGUACAGAAGCACAACUUGGAUAAUCCAAUUCAGUCCUUUUUAUAUCAAUGUUAUUGUUAUUAUUAUACAUGGAUAAGAUGGUAUAUUCUAUCAAUAAAUCGUAUUUGUACUGGAUCGUUCGUGUCAUUAUUGAGGUCGACCUGGAUGGGGUGGUGGUGGGAAAACGUUUCACCCGUUAAUUCUCAGGUGCAGUGAAAAUGCGCUGCUGCUUGCAAGGCAAGAUCAAUUGAUGGGCGCAUGACAAACUAGAAGUAUACUUUGUUGUCUAGCGUAACGUGCGAUCAGCUGUAGACGUCUGUUGGUGUCCUGGACAUACUAAAUCUUCUUCAACUGCAGAGAAGAUGGCAUAUAACAAUAUCAGUGUCCAGCUAGGAUACGAGGAUGAAUUAAUCACCGAUAAAUACAAGUCCACCGUCAAUUACACCACCGACAAAUUUGGAGGAAAACCCGAUUUUCCAAAUGAUUUGAAAGUUGAAUCAACACAAUGUCCACUUUGCCAAUUACCAAGACUUCUUGUGAUUCAAAUAUAUGCUCCACUGGAUGCAACAUAUCAUCGAACCCUGUAUGUGUUCGCUUGCCUGAACCCAAAUUGCAGGAACUCCAAUGAAAGUUGGCUCUGUAUGAGAGUGCAAUGCACUGAGCAAAUCAAAGACAUUAUACCAUCAACACCUACAGCAACAAGCACUGUGACUGCAACUGAUUGGUGCCAAGAUGCAGAUGAAUGGGAUGAUGAUAACAAUUCAAAUUUCAGUGAGGAAAAUGGGAAUGUUAUCAAUGAAAAUAUUGAGCAAGUUUCUGAUGAAGACGAGGAAAGUCUUAGUCUUGAGGACUCCGUUCAAGCUGGUUUCGAGAAUUUAUAUGUUGACGAACGGAACGCAAACAACGCCGAUGUUCAGGGAGCAGUUGGUUCGUUGCACUCACCAGCAGCUACCGCGGAGAUAGAAGGAGAUGAAAGCGAGGUGGUCAGCAUUGAUACACCAACAAUUCCUCAAAGAGAUCUGAGUUUGUUUCUACAAGAAAUAUGUCCACUGUCGCAAGAAUUUUUCAGGACAGAGAAGCAGCUUAAUAUUGAAUUUGUGCCAUAUUUUAUCCGCUUUAGUGACAAGGUAGGACCUGGGAGCAGCGGAUAUAUUGAUAGACACGUCAAAGAACUCCUGCAAGAAUAUCAGAAGAACAAUGAAGAUUUUUCAAUGAAAAAAGGAGGUGGAUGCGCAGACGGUGGAGGCGGAGGUGAGGCCACCUUAGAAAAGUACGAAAAAAGCGCGCCAGCUCAUGGCGACAAGAUGUUCUAUUAUUUUCUAUCCAAAAUCAGGCAAAAUCCUGGACAGAUCCUAAGAUAUAACCGGGAGAGCAAAGCGCCUUUGUUAAUCCAACCGAUUCAGCAUAUACCGAAGGUUUGCAAGCAUUGUCAAGCGGAGAUGACUUUCGAAAUGCAGAUUCUUCCAACGAUUAUACCUAGAUUACGUCUAAAUACGGAUCCCGUUCAGGUAGAGCGGUUGGAAUUUGGAAACGUACUCGUGUUUACCUGUAAAAAAAGCUGUUGGUCCAGCGAUACGCAGUACAGACAAGAGGAAGUAAUUUUCCAAGCGCAAAUGUAAUUUGCAAACAACGUAAAAUUUGUUUUUUGAUAGCACAGAUUCCUACUCAAUAACAAGCAAAGCAAAAAAAAA